UGCUGCAGUGACGGGGAAGAUGGCGGCGCGGCGCAGUCAGCUCUCUCCGAGCGCCUCGGACCCGGGCUCGUCAUCAGUCGCGACCGCGGUUCCGACCUCCGACAGGCCGGACUCGCCGGGAUUUACCGGCGGCAACGUCACUCCCCCGGGCACGGGGGCGGCAGCAGGCGGCCCAGCGAGUGACACGGGCCGAGAGUUGUUCGAGGCCUGCAGAAAUGGCGAUGUUUUGCGGGUGAAGCGCCUGGUGGACUCGGGCAAUGUGAAUGCCAAGGACAUGGCCGGCAGAAAAUCGACUCCACUUCACUUCGCUGCAGGAUUUGGCAGAAAGGAUGUUGUUGAACACCUCUUACAAAAUGGUGCAAAUGUUCAUGCACGUGACGAUGGUGGUCUGAUCCCACUUCAUAAUGCCUGCUCAUUUGGUCAUGCAGAAGUUGUCAGUUUGCUGCUGUGUCACGGAGCAGACUCAAAUGCUCGAGAUAAUUGGAAUUAUACUCCUUUGCAUGAAGCAGCAAUCAAAGGAAAGAUUGAUGUUUGUAUUGUUCUCCUGCAGCACGGAGCUGAUCCCAACAUUCGGAAUACUGAUGGUAAAACUGCUCAAGAUUUGGCAGAUCCUUCUGCAAAAGCUGUACUAACAGGUGAAUACAAGAAGGAUGAGCUUCUAGAAGCUGCACGGAGUGGUAAUGAAGAGAAGCUUAUGGCUCUGCUUACUCCACUAAAUGUGAACUGUCAUGCCAGUGAUGGAAGAAAAACUGCAGAACCUCACCCCAUCAGUCUACGAUGUAGAAAUGGAAAUAUGUCAACUCCUCUACAUCUGGCUGCCGGUUACAAUCGUGUGCGAAUUGUUCAACUCCUCCUUCAACAUGGAGCAGAUGUACAUGCCAAGGACAAAGGUGGCCUUGUACCUCUUCAUAAUGCUUGCUCUUACGGCCAUUAUGAAGUCACUGAGUUAUUGCUGAAGCACGGAGCCUGUGUAAAUGCUAUGGAUCUCUGGCAAUUCACACCACUACAUGAAGCUGCAUCCAAGAACAGAGUGGAAGUCUGUUCACUUCUAUUAAGUCAUGGUGCAGACCCCACCCUAGUUAACUGCCAUGGCAAGAGUGCAAUGGAUAUGGCUCCCACUCCAGAAUUAAAAGAGAGGCUUGCAUAUGAAUUUAAAGGCCAUUCGUUACUGCAAGCUGCAAAGGAAGCUGAUUUGGCAAAAGUGAAAAAGAGUCUUGCUUUAGAGAUAAUAAAUUUCAAGCAUCCACAGACCCAUGAAACCCCACUGCAUUGUGCUGUGGCUUCACAACACCCAAAACGGAAGCAGGUAACAGAACUGCUUUUGAGAAAAGGAGCAAAUGUGAAUGAGAAGAAUAAAGAUUUUCUUACACCACUACACGUGGCUGCGGAAAGAGCACACAAUGAUGUGGUGGAAGUUCUUCACAAGCAUGGAGCAAAGAUGAAUGCUUUGGAUACCCUUGGUCAAGCAGCUUUACAUCGAGCAGCACAUGGUGGACACUUACAGACAUGUCGCCUCUUGUUAAGUUAUGGCAGUGACCCUUCCAUUUUGUCUCUUCAAGGGUUUACAGCUGCACAAAUGGGGAAUGAGUCUGUGCAGCAGAUACUUAAUGAGAAUGUUCCAUUGCACAAUUCAGACGUUGAUUAUCGACUCUUGGAGGCAGCAAAGGCUGGAGACCUGGAAACAGUGAAGCAAUUGUGCACAACCCAAAAUGUGAACUGCAGGGACUUGGAAGGACGGCACUCCACCCCACUACAUUUUGCUGCAGGUUACAAUCGGGUGGCUGUUGUAGAGUACCUGCUACAUCAUGGUGCUGAUGUGCAUGCCAAAGACAAAGGGGGUCUUGUUCCUUUGCACAAUGCUUGCUCGUAUGGACAUUAUGAAGUAGCAGAACUGUUGGUGAGGCAUGGUGCCUCAGUGAAUGUGGCUGAUCUAUGGAAAUUCACACCUUUACAUGAAGCAGCAGCCAAAGGCAAAUAUGAAAUUUGCAAGCUUCUUUUAAAGCAUGGAGCUGACCCGACAAAGAAGAACAGAGAUGGCAAUACACCUCUGGACCUUGUGAAAGAGGGAGAUACAGAUAUUCAGGAUUUACUGCGAGGAGAUGCUGCUUUACUUGACGCUGCCAAGAAAGGCUGCCUAGCUCGAGUCCAAAAGUUAUGUAGUCCAGAGAACAUAAAUUGCAGAGAUACUCAAGGAAGAAACUCAACACCACUCCAUCUUGCAGCUGGUUAUAAUAACCUAGAGGUGGCUGACUAUCUUUUGGAGCAUGGUGCAGAUGUAAAUGCACAAGACAAAGGGGGCCUAAUUCCCCUUCACAAUGCAGCAUCCUAUGGGCAUGUGGAUAUUGCAGCACUUUUAAUCAAAUAUAACACCUGUGUAAAUGCAACUGAUAAAUGGGCCUUCACUCCUUUACAUGAAGCAGCACAGAAAGGAAGAACACAGCUAUGUGCUUUGCUAUUAGCUCACGGGGCAGACCCUACCAUGAAGAACCAAGAAGGCCAAACGCCUUUAGAUUUGGCUACAGCUGAUGACAUCAGGGCCUUGCUUAUCGAUGCAAUGCCACCAGAAGCCCUCCCGAGUUGUUUUAAGCCUCAGGCAACUGUUGUUAGUGCAGCAGUGAUCUCUCCAGCCUCAACCCCUUCUUGCUUGUCUGCUGCUAGCAGUAUAGAUAACCUGAGUGGCCCACUUGCAGAAUUGUCUGGCAGUGGGUCGGGUGCGGCUGAUGGAGCUACUGGCACUGACAGGAAAGAAGGAGAAGUUACUGUUCUUGAUAUGAACAUAAACCAAUUCCUUAAAAGUCUAGGCUUGGAACACCUGCGAGAUAUUUUUGAAAGGGAACAGAUUACUUUGGAUGUGUUGGCUGACAUGGGACAUGAAGAGCUUAAAGAAAUUGGAAUUAAUGCCUACGGGCACCGUCACAAAUUAAUCAAAGGUGUUGAACGACUGCUUGGGGGACAACAAGGUACAAAUCCUUACUUGACUUUCCAUUGUGCCAGCCAAGGAACCAUUCUUAUUGAUCUUGCACCUGAUGACAAAGAAUAUCAGUCUGUGGAGGAAGAGAUGCAGAGUACCAUCCGAGAACACAGAGAUGGUGGGACGGCAGGUGGAAUUUUUAAUAGAUACCAUAUCAUUAAGAUUCAAAAAGUUGUGAACAAGAAACUUAGGGAGCGAUUCAUUCACCGGCAGAAGGAGGUAGCAGAAGAAAACCAUAAUCAUCACAAUGAAAGGAUGCUCUUUCAUGGUUCUCCAUUCAUCAAUGCUAUCAUUUAUAAAGGGUUUGAUGAAAGGCAUGCCUAUAUUGGUGGGAUGUUUGGUGCAGGAAUUUAUUUUGCAGAGAAUUCCUCAAAAAGCAAUCAGUAUGUCUAUGGCAUUGGAGGGGGUACUGGAUGCCCAACUCAUAAGGAUCGGUCAUGUUACAUAUGCCACAGGCAGAUGCUCUUCUGCAGAGUUACACUUGGGAAGUCAUUUCUACAGUUCAGUGCAAUGAAGAUGGCUCAUGCCCCACCAGGACAUCAUUCUGUGAUUGGAAGACCUAGUGUCAAUGGACUUGCUUACGCAGAGUAUGUUAUCUACAGAGGAGAGCAGGCCUAUCCAGAAUACCUCAUCACGUACCAGAUUCUGAAGCCAGAAAGUCCAUCACAGCAGAUAACAGCAAGUGAACAGAAGUCAUAGUACAAGUCAGACCUUGGCACCAAAAUGAACUUGUGAUGAAUGCCUUUCCAUUAGACUGUUACAGUAUUUAUUUGAGAGAAACUUCAAAAAUUAUACAGGUGUUUCAGUUUCUAAUUCUUUUCCCCCUCAAAGGAAACCUACAUUUUACAUCACCACCGAAUCCGUGGUUGUGUGUCCCUUCCUUUCCAAAAUUGUUACUUGUUUCUUUUGUUACAAAGUAUUUGUUUUAUUUUUGCCCUGCUGUUCAUCCCUCGCUCUCUCACUUUGUUUUUUCAAAUAAAUUGAACCUUCUAAGUGCUGUUAUUUGAAAGCAUUGAAGUACAGCUUAAAAUGUUUCUUUGCCUAAUGGUGACGGUUCCCACUACAACUGAUGAAACUUGUUCUGUAGUCAAUUACUUUUUAGCCAGCCAACUGAUACGAGAUUUGUCAAUACAAAACCAGCCAUAAAAAAUCAGAGUGGCCUAAUUAAUUAAAGGAUUAAAUUGCUUAAUGAGAGCCAAUAAAUAAAAAUAUUCUGUAAUUCAGUAGUAAUUCAGCUUCAGUCAAAUAAGUGAUGGUAAAUCUCAAUGGCUCACUGCAUUGCAUAACACUCUUUAUUUGCAUGUCAGUUCAAUUACAUACUGGAAUUUUCUAGAAAGUAAUUUUCAUGGGUUUGCCUUUCAAAAUUAGCAUUUGGUUUACCAAGCUUUAAAGACUGGAUGCUCUGAAAAUUAGUUUGGAUAAACAAUGGAAGUUUUGCACUUUUAUAUAAUCUGAAUUAAAAUUUUGACAGUCUAUGUAAUUUACAUGAAAAAUGUGCAUUUGAUUGUUUAAAGCAAUUCUGGUUUAAUGGCUAAUCUUGGUUACAUGAGUAAAUAUUGUCACCCAACAGCAGGAGCCAGCAGUGGCUAAUGAGCAGUACUGAGAGAUUGAAGUGAGUUGCAGACUAAUGCUUUGUUACUUUCAGCUUGUUUAUCGUCUUUUAAAUGAAUAUGUGGAGCAAAAGUUGACUUGGUAUUUUCUACUGCAGCCGAAGAGUAUUAAAUAUGUACAAAUGAAAAAUCCAGCUUGCUUUGUAAAACCUUGUAAAUCCUACAAUCCUGUGAGCUUUAUGAAUGAAACUUUCAGAUGGUUGUGUGUAGCAAGACUGUAAUUUAUUCUAGCAUCUUUUAUUAGGAUGAUAAAACCCGUGAACAUGAAAACAGGAUAUCGUUGGAGUAUUGUAGUAUUCCAUCAUUUUAAGAUGAUGAAUCUUAAAAUGGAGUUAUACUGAUGUUAUAAUGCUGCUGACACACAUUCUGACCUUAGGCUAAGAUAAAAUCAUCACUGUCGAAUAAUAUCAAAAUUUCCAGAAACAUAAUGGAAUAAAGCAUUCUAAAGCAACACAAGAAGGUAAUUUAGAAUGUGAUACUUAAUUUACUGGAAUUAAUUCAGUGUUUUUGAGAGUGCAGGUUAUCUCAUGUAGCAGGUUCUAUGAUGUUAUAUGCUACUUGUUUGAAUCUAGCUGAUAGUUCAUCUGUGCACGUACUUAGAUUUAAUAUCCCACUGCACUAUAGGAACCCAGUGGAUAUUUUUUUUUAAGAAGGAACAAUUAAAUAGAUAUUGGAAGGGAGGGAGAAGUACAGUGGUCCAGAUCAGAUUUAUUUUCCAUUUGUGUCUGUUAAUUCCACAUGUACCAGAGUUGAUGUCCAGGUACACUUCAAACUGUUAGCUACUUGCAGUGUGUAAGCAAAUUUGCCUUUACAUUUUUGUGUCGUUGAAUGUUUUAUCUAUUGUCAUAUUUUACUUAGUUUUUGCACUCGGUUUUUAGUGUGUUUUGCUAUUUUGCUUGUUAUCUAGUCUGCCUUGUGUUGUGGUGUCAGACUCUAAAUGUAUACUUGACUAUGUGUAUUCUGUUGAUUUAAUCAUUUUGAAUCACUUUGGAGUGGUGUCAUUGCAAAUGACUUCUCUCUUUUUGCAUUUUCGUAACUUUAAUAUUCACAGUCUUGAACAUGUAAUUGGAUUAAUCACAAUCUAUUGACAAUUCUGUAUAUUUGUAAUAGGCAUCGCCAUCCUCUUGUGAUUGGUUUUGUCAUUAACAAGUAAACCUCAACAGCAUCAGAAUGGUAGAAUUGUUGAUGACCUGCAGCUCUAAAAGAUGGGAUUUAUUUGUGAAGAGGUUUCACUUUGAGUUUCUAAAUGUGACUUACUUGGGGGAGAAAGUCAGCAGUGUGACCUGAUGUGAAAUGCAUUUGAAAAAUGUUAAAUUUAAUAACAUUUCAUAAUAUUCAAUUCAAAUUUAUAGCAAGCCUUAAAUUGAAUUACAUGAACUGCCAAAUGAUGGUGAUGAUGUAGAUGGCUAUUUUGUUCUUGAAAAUCUCUGCUUUCUGGGAGCUUCUACUAAUGAGUUUUAAUAGUUGGAAAAACACUAAACAGAUGUAAUUGAUUGACAUUCAGUUCCCUAAGAAAUAUGUUCAUUUAAAUAUGCUAUCACUCCACAAGGUCAUGAUGCUAUUCAGGACUAAUUCUUUUCAGAAAAAUGACUUUCAGUUGCAACUUGUUGCAGUGAAGCUAUGUGAUGAGGUCAAAUUUAUUUUGUGCAAACUUCACAUUGUUACCUUUGCCAUUUUUUUUCUCAGAUUUGUUUUAUUUUAUAAUUAGUAUUGUACUGAUUGUUGCAUCUGAUGUGCAGAAGGACCAGCUACACCUCUGCCAUUGCACCAAGUUUCAUGGCUACCUUCAAUACUCAAUUUAUGAUUGGCUCUUAAAACUAGAGGCAAACUGUGCUUCUCAAACUCAUGCUCUUCACAAAGUUCUGGACAAUGUCAUUAUUUAUAUUAGUUUUCCAUCUGUUUUAUUUAGAAUUAUAUAGUCAGUUUCAGUCUUUAGCCAGCUUGUUAGAUAUGAAAUUAGCCCACAUGAGCAUUGAAAAGAAAAGCUUGCCUGCUUUGUGGUCGGAAGUAUGAUAUAUGCUUUAUUUCUUGGAGUCUGUCUAAAUUUCACAGUAUGAAUAAUUACCCCUUAGUUUGCUUUAUAGCAAACAUUUCUCUAGUAUGGCUUUGGUGUGAUGACCUUAUUUGCACAAUUAUUUUAUUCCUGUAUUUAACUGUUCAAGAUUAAUGCUACAGUGUGUAUCUAUUAAUUUUAUAUUUUGCAUAGAUAAUCACAUUUUAGAACAAGUCCUCUUGUUUUAGCAUUUCUCUUGUGUUUUGGAAUAUUGAGAUUGCACAUGUAGCAAUAUUUUUUGCUUACAAGAAAUUAGCAAUCAGUGGACAGCAGAUGCUCUUUUAUACAAGACAAUGGGCACAGAUCCUAACUCCUUAUAGUUUUACCACCCUCCAGCUGAGAAGCAAGGUUACAUCAACUAACAGACAAUUGAAGCUAAAUAAAAUUUUUAAAGGUAAUUUCAUUAGUGCUGUAAGUUCUUUUAAAAUAUAGGCUUCUUUCAUAUUUUUUCUUUAAAAUUAACAAAUAAGAUAGCUUCCUGUCGAAUACAUCAAGGUCUUCCCAGAUUAUAUGAAAAUAAAGUGUUUCUACCCUUUAAAUAAUCUGUAAAAUGGUGUGUUUGAUGGCUCAAUGCAUGGAUUGUGAAUUCUUUCUAGAUUUGAAUCACUCCAAGCACAUCCCACAGAAUUAACAAUUAUAAACAGGUUGCCUUAAUGGCUCAGCUCCCUUUUAGUAAAUUGACAUAGUUGUCACUCAAAAAUAUGUUGGAGUACAAGGGGGAAAAUUCUUUAUUUCUAACACUAACUAAAUUUCAAAUGCAUUCUUUUCCAUAUUUUAACUUCUUCCCCAAUUUAGAUUAAUUUGUUUUUUCCUUAUCAUUACAUUUUUAGAUUACCAUUUACAGUAUGUCACAGAAUGUAUUAUGUAUUGUACUUGAUAAAUCAAGUGACCUUCUGUUUUGUAUUUUACUUUGUAAUUAUGGUAUUUUUAAUAUGCACAUUUUGUCAAUAUAAGGUGCUAAUGUUUUUUGCCAGCAAACACUUGAAAUGGGUGUUAAGUAAUUUAAUAUAGAUAUAGAUGCCAUUUACUUUUCCAGUGGCUUGAAAUUGUACGUAUAAAAAAUGGAGACUGUACAUAUGUAUUUUAGUUUGUAAAUGUAUUGGUAGUAAUUUCAGUGAAAAUAAUGUUGGAAAUGUGAAUAUGUCUACACCAACAAGGAUGGGAAAGUUGUAAACUUGAUUGGUAUAAAUAACUUUUUAUUGUAAUUGGAAUAUUGAUAUAUUUCUUUCUCCUUUCAUUUAAGUUUCUGAUUAUUUUCAUAAUUUGGAGUGUACAGCUGUGUGUAAGGCUUGACUUGUAAAGAUGUACUGAGUUGUGAUGUGCGUGGUACUGAAGUAACUGUUAAUAAACUGCAGUGAUGCCAA